UAAAAAGUAUAAGUAACAAGUUAAUAAUUGUUAUUAUAGGGUCAGACUGGCAGUGCUAUGUUAAUAUCAACUCUCAAUGAUGAAGAUGAUGAUGUCAUAGCUUCAGAUCAGUCAGUCAGCUCACAGCAUCAAGUAAAGUUACUACGGCAACAAGUAGAACAUGAACACCAGCAGACACAGGUGGCUGUAGCACAGGUUCAUCUCCUUAAAGAGCAGCUAGCUGCUGAAACAGCUGCAAGGAUUGAAUCACAGGCACGUACACAUCAGCUGUUAUUACAGAACCGUGAUUUAUUGGACCAUAUGAAACAGAUAUUGUCGCGCUUGCAGACACUGGAAAUGCAGGCCAAUAACUCUCAUGAUACAAACAAAAUGAUUGAACAGGGAAGUUCUUUGCCAGACAUGACCACUCCCCAAAGUGGACCUGUGUUUUUACCAAGAUCAUUGUUGCCUGACAACAUGAUAACAAGUCAAGAACUGUGUUUGACAGACGAUAAGAAACCUCUGUUUGAUACAGACUCACCUGAUAGUGGUCAUCGUGAAAUGUCCAGUGACAGCCUUUCGUUAGCUCUCCAGCAGGCAGAGUUUCCGUUCUGGGCACUGUCCCAUGACGACCGCAUGAAGUAUAGUUUUGGUUUCGGAUCUCCUGUACGCUACAAACAGACAAGCUAUGAAAUGACAGCUGUUGUGAACAGUAACCCAUUUGCAAACAGUAAAGAGGACAUUUGUGACAAUGACAUUUUGGAUUUUACAAAUGUAGGAGCUGUCUCAAACGCACUAGAAUCUAGUGAAAAGGAGUGUGGCUUAGGAGUAACUCCUAAGCUGAAACCGCCCCCUGAGUUUCGAAAUUUUGAAUCCUUCAGAAACUCACAGGUCUCUGAUGAUUCAACUAACUCCUCUAAUUCUGAAACAGACUCUAUGAAAGAUGGGAUUGUGAAUUUCACAGAUAGUGAUUAUUACAGUCACACAGGAAGUAGUUUUCAUACACAGUCUAUGGACCAGUCUGUCGCGCCAUUUGGGACUAGUGCAGAUUUGAACCAGUCUGCUGGUGUCUUCAGGCCUAAGUUGGAAUAUCAUUGUAACAAUUUCAAAGAUGGAAAAACAAUAAUGCAGAAAUAUUUUGAUGACGUAGGGCAGUCAAAAAGACGUGCAAGUUUUUCUGAUGAGGAUAACACGGAGAGUUACGAUGAGGUACAAGCUCCAUCCCCACCCCCGCCAUACACAACCGUGUAUGAGGACUGAACUUUGUGAAUUAUUUUGAAAAGUGUGUGAGGGAAGAAAA